UUGGAAAAUGAAAAAGGUAGAGAGAUGAAAAGAGAAUAAAGUAAAAGAGAGUAAAGUAGGGGUAGAAAAUUGUGUUGACUUUUGUUGAAAAGGGAGAUCACUCUAUUACUAUGGAAUGUAUCAAAAUGGUAAAAUUACUCUACUACUAUGAAACGGAGGGAGUACUAUUUUUAGAAAUUUUAUGUUUAGAAAGGAUAGUAUACGUAUUUUGGGGCAUUCGGCAUGUUGACAAUAACACAUACUCAUAUUAAUUGAAAUAUAAAAUCACGAGUUAUCCAGUAGAUUCUCUGUGGAAAUGAAUUAAUUACAGGGAGAUGUAAAAGUGAGGUGUUGGUCGGAGGUGCAUCCACAGCGACUGUGUGAGGUUGACAAGUGGCCCUCUCUGCAUGCUCACUACUCCCUUCAAACUUCCACUUUGGUCUACAUCCAACACUCUAUAAAUUGCUUCACUAAUCCUUAUCCAAUUUCUAACUCAACCACAAUUAUCAAUACUAAAUCACACUAUCCAAUAUCUCAGCACACUCCAAAUCACAACAAUGGCAUUUCGCGCAGCGAGUCUCUGGAAAUCAAUGGCAAAAGCGCUUGGCGGAGGCUCCAGCCAGAGUUUGAGUUUCACGACAUCAACGGUGCCCAAAUUGAAAGCCUGCCGCCGGCCAUAUUCCCCCUGAAACUAAAUCAAAGGCAGUAAAGGUGGAGACAUUGAGGGAUGUUGGGGUGGAUCCCGCCGCCAAAUAAAAUCCCCUUACCUUUUUUUGUAUUUGAGACAUAAAAAUGGAGUUGUAUAUACUGUGAGGUUUGCAACAUCGUUCUAAUAAGAUGUUGAUUGAAAUCUGACUUCGUCAAGUUGUUUAGGGUUUAGAAAAGAGAGCAUAUGUGUCAACGACGUGGGACAAUUAUACAAGAAUAACGAUGUGGGAAAAUUUUAUUAUAAAUUGAGAUUUUUUAUUUUACUUGUAUUUUAUGCUGCUCCCAUUAUCAAAGUAUUUAAAAACUAAAUAAAUUAUGUUGUUGCUCCUACGUAAAUACUCACAGUAUCAAGAUUCAUCAUUACAUAAAAAGUUAAUAGUAAAAAUUUAGCUAUUAAAAGUACCAAAAAUAUUGGUAGUACAAAUUUAGCUAUUCAAGAAUUAUACAAUAACUUGACAAUCGCUCCUGAAAUGCACAUUGUAUCCAAUUCUUGGGUUUAAGUAGCAAUAUAAAAUAGUCUUCUUCCAUGCACAAAUUGUGAAAAAUAGUGUAGUAGUAUGUAUGUAUUAUUUUCUUCUCACGUUUGGCGUAAUGCCAAAACUAUUUGGAUUAUCGACUCGGGUGGCAAAAACCCAGAAAGGCAAACCCCUUUAACCUCGUCAUUUUCGAGGUUUUUUUAACCCAGCAAAUCUUCUUUCACAAUCCAGGAAAAAGGUACAAGCUUUUUUAUAAGUAUUUUUUUAUGCAUUUGGGAAGUAUAGAUUCUCUUUUGAGUGGAUGGAAAGGGAUCUUAUUCAAAGUGAAUUUGUGCUUGGUUUAUGUAUAUGAUUGGUUUCCCGAAUUGUCAAUUUGAGGAGGUAUCUUUUCAUUGGAUACGAUACGAUUCUUUGUAAUUAGGAUAAACAAGUGAUCUUGAUCUGCUUUCAACUAUACUGACUGAAAUUAUGUGGUUUUGCAUGUGUUGUUGCUAUACUUUUGACCAUGAUUCUUGUGUGGAGGAUAAAGUGCCUAAUUCAACUUUAAUCUUUUGAAUUGGUAAAUAAAGUUACAUACGGAGUACUUGAUUUAUAUCUAUGAUAUCACUGCAUAUGUGUGGGCAUUAUAUUGUUGACAUUCCUCAUAUAUGUAUAUUAGUGAAGACAUACAUGUAUGUAUAGGUGAUUCACCAUCUCCAGCUAGUGUAGUAUAGUGUUGACAUUCUGCUCAUCAUCAAGAUAGAGAAAAGGAGAGUACAUGGUUGCUGGACACAGAGCUCGUGAUGGGCGGCUUGGACCACUUAUUGACGAUGCAGGGCGUUUCUACAAGCCACUUCAGGGUGAUGAGCGUGGAGCUAACGAGGUCUCUUUCUAUGCAUCAUUCUCUUCAAACACUAAAAUUCCUGACCAUAUCAAAAGCUUCUUCCCCGAGUUUGAUGGUACUCGGCUCGUGGAAGCAUCUGAUGGAUCGGGUAUGCAAACUCAUCUAGUCUUACAAGAUCUUACUUUUGGUCAUGUAAAUCCAUCUAUAAUGGACAUCAAAAUUGGUUCAAGGACUUGGCAUCCACAAGCUCCAGAUGGCUACGUUCACAGGUGUUUAAAGAAGGAUAGGGGAACUUCCAGCCUUCCGCUAGGAUUUAGAGUGUCGGGCGCACGAAUCUUUAAAAGCACGGAAUCAGGAUACUGGGAGCCGGAGAACAGAUUGUCGAUCCAGACUCUUUCAGCUGAUGAAGUUAAGUUGCUUCUGAAAAGCUUUGUUUCUUCUAACACAUCAGAAGAGCCGCAUAUGAAACCAGAUUGUGCAUUUGCAUCAACUGUUUAUGGUGGCUCCAAUGGUAUUUUAUCACAGUUGGUGGAAUUGAAGGCAUGGUUUGAGGAUCAAACCAUCUAUCAUUUCUAUUCUUCCUCAGUACUUAUGAUGUUUGAAAAGGAUCUUGCAUCGAGCGGGAAGAGCCCCCGAGCAGAAAUCAAGCUUGUGGAUUUCGCCCACGUUCAUAAAGGCAAUGGGGUUAUUGAUCAUAACUUCCUCGGUGGGCUUUGCUCUUUUAUCAAAUUCAUCUCUGAGAUCCUCACAACUCCAGAAGACUCUUCUGCUGAUUCCUUAGUAGAAGAUGCUCAAAGAAACCACAUCCAUUCUGAAAAUGGUUCAGUCUAUGAUGUCAGCCUCAAUUAAAUAAUGUUGCAUUUCACCUCAAGGUUCAUGAUACUUUUGCUCUUCAAUUAUUUCCAAAAUAGGUAUAAAUUCAA